AUGCACUUCCUCGCAGCUCUGACCCUCCCGGGCCUCGCCUCGGCCACAGCCUAUUCCAUCGCAACAUUCGCCCCCGGCACCGUUAUCGACGGAGCGAAUUUGCAAGCUGCCGGCUCGGGCUUCUACACCGGCAUUUCGGGCCCAGCCACCUACUGCCCGGAGAACAUUGGGAAAUGUCCCGAGGUCCACGGAACACUGGUCUAUGACGGGAUGACCGGCAUGGCGGUCGAGGUCCCCGGCGGCCAGGAGAUCUACGUUGACUCCACUGGGCUGGUCAAGUACACCGUCGCCCACUCCGCCUACAUCCCCAAUGGCGCUUUCAUCGGCGGAUGGUUCAAUCAGACAAUCGUGAACGACUGCGGCCCCGAGACGCAGGUUGAUGUUCUCAAUUUCCUCGCCAACGACGGUUCCAACUUUGGCGGCCUCUCGCUUUGCCCAGACAUUCCGGACUAUUUGAACGACACCGGCGCAAGCUACGCCUUGUACGCGAAGACCGAGCGCUUCAAUCUGACUGACUGCAUCGACGCCAUCGGCUUGUCCCUUAUCGGCAGCGAUUCUGACUAUGGAUGCUGGCAAUACGAAUGA